UGCGCGAUGUGGCUGGUGAUUGGGCGAGCUCUGGUGGCGUUGCUAGCUCUGGCGUGCUUGGUCCAGGCGGAAGGUCCUAGAGAGGUCGGGACCGUUCCGCACCACCGGGACAAGCGGCUCGUGUUCACGUUCAACAGUGCCACCGGAGUGCUGUGCGCGCUGUCGAUCCCGCUGAUCGUGCCGGGGCGGAACAUUUUCGUGUCGUACAACUUCGAGAUGAACUACAACAUGCCAACGGACUCGACGGACUACACGCAGGGCGUGCUGAAGCGCGUCGACACGCCGGAAAUCAACAGCGUCGAGGGUCGUGGCGCGACGGCGGGUGGUGGAAAUGGGACCGGUUCGGAGAGGGGCAAGACGAUACGGAGGAGUGCGACGUUCACCAGGAAGAAGACCUAUCGAACGCUGGAGAUUAAUCUGAACAAAAUGGGUCUCAACGGAAAGCGAUGCGUUUUGCGGGCGAUUUGCGAAGCCUCAGACGUCCCUUUGAACGAGUUCAACGGAGUUGUCGGAGAUCUGCUGCAGAUAAUGCUAACUCCUUCACACUCCGCGGAUGAGCAGCUGCCGGUCGAGUUUUAUCGGGCGGAGGAAAUGGGUCGCGAGCACAAGUGCGACAAAUAUCGGAGACAUUGCCCGACUAGCGUUCUGGACGUGAUAAGUGUACUGCUGUGAGGUUAAGUGAUUGUACAAAUAAGCAGUUGCGGUGUGUGUUACUUGAAAACAUGGCAGAGACUUUCUCUCUGUAAACAUGUGUUGCAAAGGAGCAUUUUUCUCGAAUGAUUUUUUUUAAUGAAUCAUUGUAAAUCUAAUCCUUACUCCAAUGAACCCAUUUUGCAUCAUUGAUUUUUCUCCAUAUACAUAUUGGGCUGUCCAUUAGGGUGGUCCA